AAGCAAGAAAGCGUCAUGUUUUGGGGGAAAGUUUGAUAUCAGCAAUGCCCAGAAAAGAGCCAAAGAUGUUUGUCUUGCUCUAUGUUACAAGUUUUGCCAUUUGUGCAAGUGGACAACCUCGGGGUAAUCAGUUCAAAGGAGAGAGCUACUCCCCGAGAUAUAUCUGUAGCAUUCCUGGCUUACCUGGACCUCCAGGGCCCCCUGGAGCAAGUGGCUCCCCAGGGCCCCAUGGUCGCAUCGGCCUUCCAGGAAGAGACGGUAGAGACGGCAGGAAAGGCGAGAAAGGUGAAAAGGGAUCCGCAGGUCUAAGAGGUAAGACUGGACCAGUGGGUCUUGUUGGUGAGAAAGGAGACCAAGGAGAAACUGGGAAGAAAGGACCCAUGGGACCAGAGGGAGAGAAAGGUGAAAUAGGUCCAUAUGGGCCUCCUGGACCAAAGGGAGACAGAGGGGAGCAAGGGGACCCAGGGCUGCCUGGAGUUUGCAGAUGUGGCAGCAUCGUGCUCAAAUCCGCCUUUUCUGUUGGCAUCACAACCAGCUACCCAGAAGAAAGACUACCUAUUAUAUUUAACAAGGUCCUCUUCAAUGAGGGACAGCACUACAACCCUGCAACAGGGAAGUUCAUCUGUGCUUUCCCAGGGAUCUACUACUUUUCUUAUGAUAUCACAUUGGCUAAUAAGCACCUGGCAAUCGGGCUGGUCCACAAUGGGCAGUACCGGAUAAAGACUUUUGAUGCCAACACAGGGAACCAUGAUGUGGCUUCAGGGUCCACAGUCAUCUAUCUGCAGCCAGAAGAUGAAGUCUGGCUGGAGAUCUUCUUCACUGACCAGAAUGGCCUUUUCUCAGAUCCAGGUUGGGCAGACAGCUUAUUCUCUGGAUUUCUCCUAUACGUUGACACAGAUUACCUAGAUUCCAUAUCAGAAGACGAUGAACUGUGA